CAAACUUAUUUUUCUUCGUGGUUAAUUCCAGCAUUCGAACAUGGGUAAGCUGAAGAGAGUGAGGCAAAAGUUGCACGUGUCUGCAGUGAAAAACAUCGAUAUAAACAAGAAGGAAGAACAUAAUCAGGCAGUUUCUGAUCGACAGUCUCGUAGCAAGGGAGUACUGAACUUGCCGGUGAUAUUUCCAACACAAGGACUGUUCAGCGGUACGGAUAUAGACGUAAACCAAUUAACAAAGUCUUUGAAAAAUGAAGAGAACGUGGAUACACAGAGCACGGUUACAAAUAAAAGUGGACAAUUAAAGAAAAAAGUGAAAAGGAAAGCCAGACACGAGUUAUUCAUUCAAAAGAUUGAUGCAAUUAAGUUAGCCAAAAAGAAAGAUAAUGAGGCGAAAAAACGAGCUCAGAUCCCAGUAGUAGGUGAUUUACAGCCCCUGGCUAUGGCACUGCCAGAUUUAUCUGAAAUAUUACAGAAGACAGACAAGAAAAAGCCUCGUGCAGAGAAAAAAGUCAGACCAACUAUGAAAAGCAGUGAUAGACAAAAAGCCAUGUUAGCCGAUGUUACAAGAUUUCAACAAUUACAGAAAAAUUCGGAUUUGAAAGUCAGUCCACUAUCAAAAAUAAAAGAACGUCUCGCACAACGACAAGAAGAAGAUGAUAUGGACCAAGGAUGAUAACACUGCCAAACUGAUGAAGUGAACGUGCAGUUGAUGCUAAUUUCCGCAAAGAUUUUGUUCAUUUAUUUGCAACAUCACAAAUGGGGUGAUUGUCGGUUUGUCACUAUGUGAAUAUUUAUUCCACCAAAUAAUACAAAUGAGUACAGACUAUGUGCUGCAGUUGAUAUAGUGCAAGUUUUUGUUCAAAAAAUUAGAAUAUUCAGAUUAGCUGUUGGCUACACUUUUUGUCCUUUUGUUUUUACCUGAUGCGUCAAAUUAACAAUUUAUGAAUGUUAAAUGAAAAUAACCCAUGAAGUAACGUUUCUGUUAACAGUAAAAACGAAAAUAGGAUA